GUAAUGCCCAGGUCUGGGCUGUCCUGAGCUGCCGUGGGCUGCCCGCCACACGCACCUGCCUGCCUGCCGCCAUGGAGUCCAGAGGGAAGUCGGCUGGCAGCCCCAAGCCGGAUGCCAAGGCGCCCCAGGCCACUGCCGAGGCCAAAACCCCCGCAGCUGUGGAUGGGAAAGCCCCCUUGGCCAAGCCGGGGAAGAAGGAGGCCCCGGUGGAGAAGCAGGAGCAGCCAGCGACCCCAACCCCGCCUGCCAAGAAGGCCCCCGCCAAGGCUGACCCCGCCCUUCUCAACAACCACAGCAACCUGAAGCCGGCCCCCGCGGCCCCCAGCAGCCCCGGCGCCGCCCCGGAGCCCAAGGGCCCUGGGGACGGGGCUGAGGAGGACGGGGGCACCGGGGGCCCUGGUGGCCGCGGUCCCUGCCCCUUUGAGAACUUGACACCCCUGCUGGUGGCUGGGGGGGUCGCCGUGGCGGCGGCUGCCCUGAUUCUCGGUGUGGUCUUCCUGGCCCGGAAGAAAUAAUGCCCGGCGUCCGGGGGCAGCCACCCCGCGCGCAGGGAAACUAGUGCAUGCCGAGUCACAUAGCCGUCCCUUCCGCACCCGCACGCCCCGCGAGCACAGGCGCCCCGUAGUCAGAGGA